GGGAGUGCGCCGCGUCCCGUCCUUCCGUGCCUGGCAGCCGUGGGCGCAGCAUCCCUGGCUGGGGGCGCCGGCAGCUCCCUCCUCUCCCCGCGUCUGUCUCUCACUCUUCGCUCCUGCUCUUCCCCCUGCCAUCCACCCGCUUGCCCGCCGGGCGUAUCUCCCCAAGAGAGCCUGGCUCACCCAGGCUGAGACGCCAAAGCCGCCAAGAUGGGGUAUGGGCGCUCGGACAGUUACCGCGUGGCCACCACACAAGACAAGCAAGAUGACGAUUCUUCGCCCAAGAAGAGCAAAGCUCAGCAGAAGGUCCGAGAUCUGGAUGACCUCAAAAAGGAAGUGGCCAUGACAGAGCACAAAAUGUCCAUCGAGGAGGUCUGCCGAAAAUACAACACAGACUGUGUGCAGGGUCUGACCCACAGCAAAGCCCAAGAGAUCCUGGCUCGUGAUGGCCCCAAUGCCCUUACCCCACCACCAACCACUCCUGAAUGGGUAAAGUUUUGCCGCCAGCUCUUCGGAGGUUUCUCUAUCCUCUUGUGGAUCGGUGCCAUUCUCUGUUUCCUAGCCUACGGCAUCCAGGCAGGGACCGAGGAUGACCCAGCCGGAGACAAUCUGUACCUCGGUAUUGUCUUGGCGGCUGUUGUCAUCAUCACUGGUUGCUUCUCCUACUACCAAGAGGCCAAAAGCUCUAAGAUUAUGGAAUCCUUCAAGAAUAUGGUGCCCCAGCAAGCCCUGGUGAUCAGAGAAGGUGAGAAGAUGCAGCUCAAUGCUGAAGAUGUGGCGGUUGGGGAUCUAGUAGAGGUAAAAGGAGGAGACAGAGUCCCAGCUGACCUAAGGAUCAUCUCUGCUCAUGGCUGCAAGGUGGAUAACUCCUCCCUGACCGGUGAAUCUGAGCCUCAGACCCGCUCUCCAGAUUGCACCCAUGACAACCCUCUUGAGACCAGGAAUAUCACUUUUUUCUCUACCAACUGUGUUGAAGGCACAGCACGUGGGGUUGUCAUUGCCACUGGUGACCGGACAGUGAUGGGCCGAAUUGCCACCCUGGCUUCGGGCCUGGAAGUUGGCAAGACUCCCAUUGCUGUGGAGAUUGAGCACUUCAUCCAGCUGAUCACAGGCGUGGCUGUCUUUCUGGGGGUCUCCUUCUUUGUUCUCUCUCUCAUUUUGGGUUACACCUGGCUAGAAGCUGUCAUUUUCCUCAUUGGCAUCAUUGUGGCCAACGUCCCUGAGGGACUCUUGGCUACAGUCACAGUGUGUCUGACCUUGACAGCCAAACGCAUGGCUCGCAAGAACUGCUUGGUGAAGAACUUGGAAGCUGUGGAGACCUUGGGCUCCACUUCCACCAUCUGCUCAGACAAGACAGGGACCCUGACUCAGAACCGAAUGACUGUUGCUCACAUGUGGUUUGACAACCAGAUCCAUGAGGCUGAUACCACUGAGGAUCAAUCUGGCACGGCCUUUGAUAAGAGCUCCCCUACCUGGGUGGCCUUGUCCCAUAUUGCUGGGCUUUGCAACCGAGCUGUCUUCAAGGGAGGCCAAGAGAACGUGCCCAUCCUCAAGCGUGAUGUGGCAGGAGAUGCUUCUGAAUCAGCCCUGUUGAAAUGUAUUGAGCUUUCAUCUGGAUCUGUGAAGCUGAUGAGGGAGAAGAACAAAAAAGUGGCAGAAAUCCCCUUCAACUCCACCAACAAAUACCAGCUCUCGAUUCAUGAGACAGAAGACCCCAAUGAUAACCGCUACCUGCUGGUGAUGAAGGGGGCACCUGAGCGAAUCCUGGACCGAUGCUCUACCAUUCUGCUACAAGGCAAAGAACAGCCUCUUGACGAGGAACUGAAAGAAGCUUUCCAGAAUGCCUACCUGGAGCUCGGAGGACUUGGCGAGAGGGUGCUGGGUUUCUGCCACUACUACUUGCCUGAAGAGCAGUAUCCAAAAGGGUUUGCCUUUGACUGUGAUGAUGUCAACUUUUCCACCGACAACCUCUGCUUUGUAGGACUCAUGUCCAUGAUUGACCCACCCCGUGCUGCUGUGCCCGAUGCUGUGGGCAAAUGCCGAAGCGCCGGCAUCAAGGUGAUCAUGGUAACAGGUGACCAUCCCAUCACAGCUAAAGCCAUUGCCAAAGGUGUGGGGAUUAUCUCUGAGGGCAAUGAGACAGUGGAAGACAUUGCUGCCCGGCUAAACAUUCCUGUCAGUCAGGUCAAUCCCAGAGAUGCCAAGGCUUGUGUGAUCCAUGGGACAGAUUUGAAAGACAUGUCUACAGACCAGAUUGAUGAAAUCCUACACAAUCACACCGAGAUUGUCUUUGCCCGUACUUCUCCACAGCAGAAACUGAUCAUCGUGGAAGGUUGCCAAAGACAGGGUGCGAUUGUGGCUGUAACAGGUGAUGGAGUGAACGACUCGCCUGCCCUGAAGAAGGCUGACAUCGGAGUAGCCAUGGGCAUUGCUGGCUCGGAUGUCUCCAAACAAGCGGCUGACAUGAUUCUCCUGGAUGACAACUUUGCCUCUAUUGUCACUGGAGUUGAAGAAGGACGCCUCAUCUUUGACAACCUGAAGAAAUCCAUUGCCUAUACCUUGACCAGCAACAUCCCAGAGAUUACUCCCUUUUUGCUCUUCAUCAUGGCCAACAUCCCGCUGCCUCUGGGCACCAUCACUAUCCUCUGCAUUGACUUGGGCACUGACAUGGUACCUGCCAUCUCCUUGGCUUAUGAAGCAGCUGAGAGUGACAUCAUGAAGCGUCAGCCCCGGAACCCCAGGACUGACAAGCUGGUGAAUGAACGGCUCAUCAGCAUGGCAUAUGGGCAGAUUGGAAUGAUUCAGGCGCUGGGCGGGUUCUUCUCCUACUUUGUGAUCUUGGCUGAGAAUGGGUUCCUUCCCUCUGUUCUUGUUGGCAUCCGUCUUAAUUGGGAUGACCGGACAGUCAACGAUCUGGAGGAUUCAUAUGGGCAGCAGUGGACCUACGAGCAACGCAAAGUGGUGGAGUUCACCUGCCAUACAGCCUUUUUUGUCAGCAUCGUGGUGGUGCAGUGGGCUGACUUGAUUAUUUGCAAAACCAGAAGGAAUUCUGUCUUCCAGCAAGGCAUGAGAAACAAGAUCCUUAUUUUUGGUCUUUUUGAGGAGACUGCCUUAGCCGCCUUCCUGUCCUACUGCCCUGGCAUGGAUGUGGCUCUCAGAAUGUAUCCUUUGAAGCCAAGCUGGUGGUUCUGCGCCUUUCCGUACAGUUUCCUCAUCUUUGUCUACGAUGAAAUCCGUAAACUCAUACUGCGCCGUAACCCAGGAGGAUGGGUGGAGAAAGAAACCUACUACUGAAUCUCUUCUUGUGUCCACCGCUGGUUGUCUCCCCUGCUGGGGGGGAAUCUUGACCCUCCAAAAUUCUGCCUAGCCCUCCCCCCACCCCCCAUGAUUAUGAGAGAUUGCAACACCAGGAUCAUAUGCUGGGACAGAGGAACAAUGAACCAAGCCCUCCAUCCCCAUCCCUCUUUCCCAAUCCAGGCUGCCCGGAAGGGAAAUCCAUCCUGUCUCACACUGCAUGCAUGUCCCAGGCUGGAGGCUGGAGGCAGGGGAUGGGACCCACACCCACCUCUCACCCACCUCUGCUCUCUGCCAAAUUCUGCCUUGGUUUCCAGAAGCAGGCUGGGGAAGAGGGCCUGUGUGUUGAGAGGGAAGGGGGAAAUGCCGUGAAGAUGGGGCAAUAUUUCUUUACCUUUCCUUCAACCCCAACAUUUAAAUUUCCUUCCAGAGCUGGGAUUGAACCCGGGGACCAGCCGCCUUCAAAACAACAUGCCUUGGAUGUGGGAGCCAAACGGGGUGGGGUUCGGGGUGGGGCAGGGGGCUGAUUAUGACCUGGUUAGCGCUAGUAAGAUGUCUGACCCUGACAGGGGGGAGGCAGAUUCCUUCUCCCCCCACCCCACCCGCCGUGCCAAUCUGUUCCCUAUUUCCUUUCCCCUGUGAGAAGUGUGCGUGCGUGUGUGCGCGUGUAUGGGUGAUUGUGUGUGCCUGCACAAGUGCAAACAAGGGGGACAGAGGUCAGCCGCGGACUAGCUUUACUGUCCAGCUAAGCUUCCUGGGCGGCCUCUUACUGUUCAUUCUUGGAAUAAAAGCAGCAGGAUUUUUCAUU